GGCGCGGCGGCCGCCAUGACCAGCUACACGGUGAUCGGGACGGUGCCGGGGCCGGCGGGCGGCGGGGGCCCGAGCCCCGGGGGCCCGAGCCCCGGGGGCCGGUACCGCUCGGACCUGGCCCCCAGCAGAGCCUUCGACUUCCUCUACGAUCCCUUGUAUGUGUUAUCAAGUGAGAAGGACCACGCAAAGGCAAAUGUCCAGGCUCAUGUCCUGUGUGACAAGAUGAAAAAGAUGCCGAUUUUUAAAACCAUGUUUAGCAGUCUGAUCCAUUAUCCCUGGUACAAUCUGCGUUUGGAGGAAAGAAAUCCCGUGCCCCCAUUUAUUGACCGAAGAUGGAGAGGCAGAGCCCAGCAGCGCCUAGAGGUUCUUCAGCAGCUUGCUAGAUCUCAACCUUCUCUUCAGAUUCCUCAAAUUGUGUAUGAAGAUCCUGAAAUUAAUGGAAGGAACCGCUACAAGUAUUUUGAACGACCUUUCAUCCCCUUUCAUAAGCCAUUUCCACUAAACAUUGCUUAUGCAGUGGCAAAAACAGAGCCAUAUGUUUACCCCUCCAUCACCAGUGACAGAUCACGCUCCCCCACAUCACGAACUCUGGGUACACAGACGGAUUAUCGGGAUGGCGAAGCUCAGACUGACCCGUAUUCCCCAGAAUAUGUAGUACCUCUGGGUUCAAUCCCUGAAUUGCUGACACUUGCCACUCUCACUUGGGGGCGGGGUCUUCCAGCGGGACAAGCUGAGGUGGAGAUGAUUGAACGUGCCCGGGAGAAACGUGCCUGGGAAGCAACUCUACCACCACUUGGUGAUCUCUCACAAACUGAGAAGAGGAGGAAGAUGAUGGAUGACAUGGAGAGAAAAGAGUGGGCCUUUAGAGAACAGGAAAUAGAAAAAUUGCAAGAUGUUCGACUAGAAGUUUUAAAGAAGCUUUUGAGGAGACGAGAGGAGGGUCAGAAUGAGGUGGAUGUCAAUCGUUUGGACACCCAUUGGUUUAACCGUCAGCAAGACAAAGAAGAGAGAGUGAGAAAAAUUAAACACGAACAUAUAAAAGCAAUGAGAAAGCUGAUAGCUAAAGGGAAGAAUGUGGAGGGGAAGUUGGAGAGACGAGAUGUCAUCAGGGACUAUACUGAUUAUGCAUCACAGCCCUAUGGACCUCUGUCCAGAAUUGGUUAUUUUCCGGACAACCAUUCUGAACGUUAUGUAGUAAAAAACCACUUUCUUAACACCUACGAGGGAUUGCUUGAACUGGAGGCAUCUCUCCCAGGCUCUGUCACUCAGCCCCGGACCAAAGCUCCGAAACCCAAGAGCACCACCACUAAAGAAGGGUUUAUUAAGCGGACUGCUAGGCUAGAUAUGGAGCUGGCACAGGUUCACCAGGCACUGCUAGAUAAGAAGAAUAAAGUUAAGGAGCCAAAGAAGCCCCUUCGUUUCCUUCAGAAGAUAACAAAACCUGUUCCUCGGCCCCUAACUCCAACACUGCUAAGACCGUCAAUUAGAGAAGAGGAGCUAGAACUGGCAGUAAUCUUUUUGCAGAAGUUAAUCCGAGGCAGAGCUAUUCAGAACAUGAUGUUUGAAGGGAAGGAGAAGCGAUUGGAACUGAUUCGGGAACUGCGCACCACUCACGCGCUUCAGGAGGAUGGGAAUCUGCUUAAGAAGGCAGAGAAGCAAGUAACGCUGGCCUUACAGCGACAACGCGACUUGCAUGAGCACAAGCUUUCACUGGUUGAGAACCACUUGGCUCGGAUAGAAGGAAGGGUAUUAGUGAACAUGUUCGAUUUCCUGUCCAAAGAGCUGGUGAGGCUUCAGGAAGAAAGGAAGAUCCAUGCUUUUGCCAUGCUGGCUGAGAGGCAACGGCGCAUCCGGGAAGCAGAGGAGAGUGGACGUCGCCAGGUAGAAGAGAGGCGCCGGCGGGAAGAAGAUGAGAUCUUCAAACAGGUGGUUAAAGUACACCAGAGUACUGUUGAUUCUUACCUGGAAGAUGUUAUCCUGAACAGCAUGGAGAGCACAGCUGAAGAACAAGCCAGGGAAGAGAUUCAGAAGGUCGCUGUGGAAAUCAAUGACAUUGCUUAUGAAAUGGAAAGCCGCCGAACUCGUCUGCAAUCAGAAGAGAUUGUAGCAGAGCUGGUUUAUGGUUUCCUGAUACCAGAAUUACAGAAAAUCUCUGUCAAGGAGAAAGUGAGGCAGUUCCAGCGGAAACACAUCAGUGCUGCUCAUCAGAUCAUCCACAGGAGCACGGACAUAGUAGUGGCUCAGAACUCUUCACUGGUGGGACAACAGGCACUGGGUAAUGGAGAAUCUGUGAGCAAGAUACCAGAGAGUCCUUCUCCUGUGGCAGCCAGUUCUGCUCUCAGUGGAACAGCUACUGAACAGAGUGUGGCAGAGGUUAUAGAGAGCCCUUAUGUUGUCCUAGCCAGCCAAGUAUUGUAUGAUACACUGCAUGACGAGACCCAGCAGAGAGGGUUAGUGGUGAGCCAUUCUGCUACAUCGGACAGGCAAUCUCAGGCGUAUGUAGCCCCUGCAAAGAGAGAUGAGUCAGGGGGAGAAUAAAACAGAAAUGAAAGAAUGACUUGGCUAAAUGUGCUUUGAAGAAGAAAAGAGGCUCAGCAACAAGAGACAUGAGAACACUCCAUUCCCUCUCCUAGCAGGGAAAGAGAAGUCUUUGGGGGUGAUGUUUGUAUCUGGAAUAUGCACAAUGGAUUCCUCUGGGUCUGCAGUAAUAAAGAUUGGGAACAUUC